UCGGACGAAAUUCAGCCAGCACCGCUGCAAGGGGAGAGAACUCAAAACUAUGCCAUGAGAUCAAUUUCGAGUACUUUAAAAAAAAAUAUCCUUGAUCAUUAGAUUAUGAGUCUUUAAACAACAAUUCAAAAUGGUUUCGAAGAAAGUUCUUGAGUAUAUGCGGUAUUUUUUUCGUAUCCUGUUUAUUACUUUUGCUAACCUGAUCGCUAUCCCAGCAUACAUUGUGUAUGCCUUGCUUUUGUAUCCUUUAAAAAAAUAUUACCCAGAAUUCUACUGGACCCAUGUAGAGCCUCGUCUGUUUCAAGCACUAUUGGGAAUGGUGGCAAGCUGGCUGUACUCUGGAGGAUAUAAAGUGAUAGAAUCAGGAGAUGACUUAACCAGCAUACUGGACAAGGAAGCAUUGGUUCUAGUAAAUCACCAAUCCACGUCUGAUGUACCUAUUUUAAUGAGUAGUAUGUACCCUAAAGGCGUGUCCUGUGGACAUGUGACUUGGGUCAUGGACUAUAUUUUUAAAUUUACAAACUUUGGAUGGAUAUCUUACUUCCAUGAAGAUUUUUUUAUAUGUCAGGGCAAAGAUGGUAGAGAUCAAGAAUUAGUAAAAUUAAAGAAGCAUAUGUUAGAUUCUUACCUCCCGACAGGUAAAAAAUGGAUAGUUGUCUUUCCUGAAGGAGGAUUUCUGUAUAAACGUAGAAAAUCAAGUCAACAGUAUGCCCAGAAACAUAAUUUUCCAGUGUUAGAACAUGUGACACUGCCAAGAAUUGGAGCUGUCAAAGUGAUAACAGAUUCAUUGUAUCAUGAUACUCUACAGAAUGGAGUAAAAAAAGAAAGUUCAGUUCCUGCGGAGAGAAAGCUUAAAUGGGUAAUAGACAUAACCAUUGGUUACCCUGAUAGAGAUUCAUUAAGUUUUCCGGGAAUGAUGGCGGGAAUUUAUUCUCCACGUCACAUAAACAUUCACUACCGUGCCUAUCCAAUAACAGAAGUACCACACGAUUCAAACCAUUUACAGACAUGGCUGUACGACAGAUAUAUUGAAAAAGAAGAAUUUCUGGAACAAUACUACAACAAUAAAAUAUCUAUGAACGAUACAGAUAAAGUGAUACGACAUCUCCCAAGAUUGUCAGAACAAGAAAUAAAAGAAGAUUAUCAUGGAAUUUUAUUCAUACAUAUAUUUUAUUUUAUAUCUUCUUAUGUUUUCUGGCAUGCUAUAUAUUUACAUCUUUUCACAGUCAUUGGUUUUUGUUUUAGUUUAAUUUUUUGAAAUGCAGUCAUUUAAUUGGUUGGUGCUUUAUUUUAUUGUUGAGUUUUUAGAGAUUUAUGUAGUUUUUGUUAAAUUUGAUUUGAUUUAAGUGCUCUACAGGCGCUUAAAGAUUUUGUUUUUGUUUUUUUAACUUUGUUUUAUAGCUAUUACAAAUUAAACCAUUUUAUUGAACAUAAUAGCUUAAGUUAUGUAUGUUUAAAGGUUUUCAAUUUAUUUAUUUGUUCAAAUCUGUACUUGCCAAAUACUUAGUACUUAGUAAUUUAUUUUUGACCAUAUCUUGCUUUUAUAUUUGUUUACUUUUUAUCUUAAAAAUACCAAUACAAUAUUUUGUUUUUUAAGAAUCUAAAAUUUAGUGGACGAUCAAGGAGGGGGCCAACUGAUUUUUUUUGCCAUAAACAGGAACUGUACUAAAACUAAAUUUGUUAGCAAUAAGAAUUAUGCUAUCACCCCAGAAACCCAAUGCAUAAUUUUAUUAAUUUUUAGGGGGGCUACAAAUAGAGAAUUAAUAUAAAAAUCAUAUCUUAUAUUUUCAAAUGUUUUUUAUUUAUUAUUGGCUUUUUUUAUUAUUUAAAAAGUGUUUAGUGUACGUAUUCAAUAAAAUAUUCAAGAAUUAAAGUGCUUCAAUAAUGACAAAUUUAUAUGUAAAAUUCUGUCUAGCUACCUAGUUGUUCAUUAACACAAAAUUGUAAUUCUAAAAAGUUGACAUCAUGUAUUUUUCCUUUAUUUCUUCUGCAGUUGGUAUGAUUUUUGAAUUUUUAAACAUCUGUUUUGAAAAACAGUGCCCUUAAUUUUUGUGGAAGGGAGGGGGGGGGCAUUGGUUUAAA